CGGCAUAUGACAUCCUCUCACAUGCAAUCUACGUCCACCCAGGCCCAUCUCAUCAACGUCAAUACCAACUGUACACGGCAACUAUGUCGGUGACGGCGGCUGGCAUCUACGCCGCUCUACCCACUACCACUCGUGGCCAGCCUACCCCUCUAUCCGCCGAUUCCAAAGGUGAAAGAAUAGCCUAUGCCUCCAACAAGUCGAUAUUCCUUCGUUCGAUUGACAAUCCUUCCGUCUCUACGCAAUACACUCAGCACACAGCCGCUACUUCGGUCGCUCGAUUCUCCCCCUCGGGCUUCUACGUGGCUUCUGGAGAUGCAUCUGGCGUCGUCAGAGUCUGGGACUGUUCCCCCAACGGGUCGGGGGUGACCAAAGGAGAAUAUGCCAUCAUUUCUGGCCGGAUCAAUGACAUUGCGUGGGACGGUGACAGCCAACGCAUAAUCGCUGUUGGGGAUGGUAAGCAGCGGUAUGGUCACUGCAUCACAGCAGAUUCAGGCAACACAGUGGGGGAGAUCAGUGGCCAUUCAGCCCAAGUCAAUGCUGUCAGCAUCAGACAACAAAGACCUCUCAGAGCAGCCACUGUUGGUGAUGACAAGAAUGUCGUCUUCUAUCAUGGUGCGCCCUUCAAGUUUAAUACAAUCCCUGGCAGAGGUAAUCAUACAAACUUCCUUUACGGCGUUGGCUUCUCCCCUGACGGCAACCACCUUGUGACUGUCGGUGGAGACAGAAAGAUAUAUCUUUACGACGGCAAGACCGGAGAAGUGAAGAAUGAAAUCGCCGAUCCCGCAGAAGGUCACAAAGGAAGCAUCUUUGGCGUGUCUUGGGCCAAGGACUCGAGAAAUUUUGUCACCUGUUCUGCUGACCGCACGGUGAAAACAUGGGAUGUGGAAGCUGGGAAAGUUACACAGACAUGGACCUUUGACGACAACAACGUCUCAGAUCAACAAGUUGGUGUCGUAUGGCCUUCAGGUCGAACAGAUGGUCUGAUAAUUUCACUUUCUCUGAGCGGUGAAUUGAACUACCUGCACGCAAAUUCACCCAAGCCAUCCAAGAUUAUUUCUGGACAUCAGAAGAACAUCACAGCCUUGACGUCUGUGGGUGAAGGCAGCAGCGCCACUCUGUGGACCGGGAGUUCAGAGGGCCGAGUUGCUGCAUGGGACGCCUUGAGUGGAACAGCAGAAGCAGUGGAAGGCGAUGGUCAUACCAACAUCAUCUCAGGGCUAGCGGCAGCCUCCGGUGGCAGUCAUCCUCAGGUUUAUUCGGUUGCCUGGGAUGACUCUCUGAGAAAAGUGGAUGUAGGUGCAAAGACAUUCACUGGCACGCCUGUCAAGCUUUCAUCCCAACCCAAAGCCCUGACUACCACAUCGGAUGGAUUGGCCAUUGUCGCUCAAGUUGAAAGUGUGAUUGUAUACAAGGAUGGCGAGGAGGAUGGUGAACUACCUCUCAAGUCAACACCCACCGCAUUGGCAUCCUCGGCCAGCACUGUCGCCAUUGGUUCACAAGACUCGAGCCUCAGGCUUUUCUCGGUGGUUCCUAGCAAAGCCCCCAAGCAAAUCGCCGUCGUUGACCAGGUGUCGGCUACUCCAGUGACUGCACUUGCCUUUUCUGCUGAUGGGUCUCUCCUCGCUGCGGGCACUGCAGCAGGCAAAAUUUAUGUGUACAAGGUAACCAGCGGAUUGACUGGCCUUGUGACUGGGAGUGCUUCACUGGAACUGGUCACGGACAGAUGGAGUGCCCAUUCCGGCAAAAUCACAGCCAUCGCUUGGAAUCCUGAAGGUACAGGGGCAGUCUCGGGCAGUCUAGACACCAAUAUGUUCGCAUGGAGUCUCAAGGAGCCUGGAAAACGAGUCAAAGAGACCAAUGCGCACAAGGAGGGAGUGAAUGGAAUUGUCUGGCUCGGAGACACUGUCUAUAGUACGGGAGCCGAUGCUACCAUCAAGAAAUGGACUGUCAAGAUCGAUUAGAUGGAGGAAUAUGAAUAGGAAAAUGACAUGAGAUGAAUCCUGAAAGCAUUACGAACUGUAUUCUUUCAAAGAGCCUUGGAUGGUGAAGGGGGUUAUAGAUAUCACGUGACAAAAUGAGCCUCAAAUUCAGAGGACCCGAAAUGUCGCCAUGGCGCUAACCACAAAAAGCGAAGUGGGAGUGAAAUAACCUUGGCAAUAAAAGGCC